UGAUGUCUUCGAUUCGCAAAAAACUUCUGGUAACAAGAGGGGAUAUCACAAAAUUAGCUGUUGAUGUUAUCGUUAAUGCUGCAAAUUCGUCCCUACUUGGAGGUGGGGGAGUAGAUGGUGCUAUACAUGCUGCAGCUGGUCCAGAAUUAUUAGAAGAAUGUAAACAACUUAAUGGGUGUAAAACUGGCGAAGUUAAGAUGACUAAAGCUUAUAAUAUUAAAGACGUUAAAGCAAUUAUUCACACUGUUGGUCCAAUUAUUAAUUUGGGGGUUAGUGAUUCGGAUAAACAACUUCUCAGUAAUUGCUAUAAGAAUUCGAUGGAUCUGACACAUCAAAAUAAAUUAAAGAGCAUUGCAUUCCCUUGCAUUUCUACUGGUAUUUAUCACUUUCCGAAAGAUGAAGCUUGUCAAAUUGCGUUGACAACUAUUAAGAAUUGGUUCAAAGAAAAUGAAGAUUCUUCAAUUGACAAAAUUAUCUUUUGCGUGUUCAACGAGCAAGACGAGGAAAUUUAUAAGGAAAAUAUUCCUGUUAUUAUUGGAGAAUAA